AUGGGCCGCCCGUAUAUCCAAGUACCGAAUGGAAGUUACGUUUUUAUAUGCAAGCAAUGCCGUACAUUUAUUGCCAGCAGCGAUCAUUAUUGCAGCGACGCGUUUCAAGGUGAGAUUUUAUGGUUUUGUAACCAAGUUUAACAUAAUAUUAAGUGUAAUAUAAUUUGAUGAAGCCAAAUUUUUUAGCUCAAACUGGAAAAGCCUUUUUAUUUCAAAAGGUCUACAAUAUAACGAAAUCAAGCGUUGAAAAGAAGCAUAUGCUUACUGGUGAUCACAUGGUACGGGACAUAUUUUGCAUACAGUGCAAGGUGGGUUACUGUAACAUUUUUACAUUAAAACCCGUCUUUUAUAUAAAAGUUCAAAAAAUUGUGGUAAUCUAAUCGUUUCCAGACUAAACUUGGCUGGAUGUACGAACUGGCAUACGAAGAGAGUCAAAAAUACAAGGAAGGUCAAUAUAUCUUGGAAUGGUCGUUUAUAUUUUGCAUGAACAACGAAAACGACCGUGCCGACAACAUCCCAAUGGUCGACGAUGAGGACGAAACAGUCGAUAUUGUGAUGCAACGACUACUGCCAGAUUAUAUCGUCAACAACGGAAUGCCUGAAGAACAGGUUGUGUUGCAAUAUCCGAGUAGUCGCCGAUAUGGUAGAAAUCAUCAUAACUAUCACGGGUCUUAA